UAUUUCGGACAUAGCGCAGGACAAUCAUUCAUACGUGGUCAACGCAUUAGGAACCUUCCUAGAUGUGCAGUAGCUCUUUUAAUGGGGUGCAGCAGUGGUUCUCUAGAUAGAAAGAAAGAAUAUGACCCUGAUGGUUAUGUGCUUAAUUAUCUGUUAGGUGGAAGUUCAACAGUUGUAGCUACACUUUGGGAUGUUACAGACAAAAGUCUGGACAAGUUAACCAAG